AUGCUGCACCUCACUACGAGACAGUUAUGGUCCUGUUUCUAUUCUACUAUCGUCUUACUGGGAUCUGUUGAUGCCCUCUCCUCCCCCAUCAUAGCCAAAGGCCCCGACUGUGAGACCAAGAACGGUGCUGUUCUUGUCACCCCCGAUUGCGUCGAUGGUACCUACAAGACGGUCAUUAUCGACUCUGAGACGGACGUCACUGUCCCCGUCCCUCACCACAAGAUCUCGGGCCACUUUGAUGGAACCACCAUCGACUUCAACAUUUACUUCCCCAAGACCGGAUGGGACGGCAGAUUCUUCCAGCUCGUGUACCCGACACAGAAUUCGACCGCUGAAGACCGAAAUAUAGGGUUUAGUGCUGACAGCGGCGGUUAUACCAACCAUGUCGCCGGAGGAGGCGGCUACCGCGCUGAUGCUGCCGUGGCGAAGCUCUCGAGGAAGCUUGCAGCCGAUUACUACAAGAAACCCAACACCAAAAUUUACGGCUACGUCUAUGGUGCAAGCGGUGGCUCCAUGGUGACUGUCGGGGCCAUCGAGAACACUUUUGACGUCUGGCAGGGCGCUCUCGCCAUGGUCCAAGCCGUUCCAGUCUCCAACCCCAACAACUUUUGCAUGCGGGCAUUUGCCGGGCUCGUGUUGGAGGCCCAAAAGGACAAGCUCAUAUCUGCCGCUCGGCCUGGAAGUGAUUUGAACCCUUUUAAGAACCUUGACUCAAUGAGACGAGAGGUUCUCACUGAAGUUACCGAACUCGGCAUUCCCCUUGCAGCUUGGGAAGACUGGGAGGGCGUCACGCAGAACAGAACCAACUUCCUGCGCACCUUUCGACUCCUCGUUCCUCCCACCAUAGCUUCCUUCGAUCCCACCUACGUAAAUGACUUCUGGACCAAGAAGGGCUAUCUUGGGAAGGAGAAGUCUGCUCUUGGUGACUUCUACCGGAAAUCGAUAUACGAGUAUGAUGCCGUCGUCCAAAAGGUUGAUGUCGAUGCUGGCAACGUCCCAGUUUCCAUUACUCUCAACAAAGUCCCUUCAAAGCCGCCGGCCUUCGGCCUCCAGUUCACUAUCCAGUCAAAGGAUGGCAAAGGAGGCAUCUUCACGGCGCAGCUCGACAAGACCUCCAAGAUAGCUGUCAUUGACCCUGGACAGAACUCCACAAUCCUUGCCUCAGUCUUCAAGGGAACCAAACUCCGUGUCGACAACCGAGCAUGGCUUGCUAGCUCAGUAUGCCACAGGUACCAAGUGCCUACAAGGCCCGGCUUCUAUGGAUAUGAUUAUCUUCGCGCAGCUGAUGGCAAGCCGAAAUACCCCCAGCGCAGCCCACUCAUUGCCAACACUAUCUCACUCGGUGCCAGCGGUGGCGGCUUGUGGACCGGCAACGUUACUGGCAAGAUGAUAGUUAUGGACACUCUCAAGGACUAUGAUGCCAUGCCAUGGCAUGCAGACUGGUACAAGGGGCAAGUCCGCAACGCGCUUGGCAACCGCUUUGGCGAUAACUAUCGCCUGCAUUACGCCGAAAACGCCGAUCACUUUAUUGAACCAGUUGAGGUGCCCCAGACCACGCGUCUUGUCAAUUAUAUCGACAUGGCCGAACAGCAUCUCCGGGAUCUGAGUGCCUGGGUGGAAAAGGGAACAACUCCUCCUACGGGGACUUCAUAUGCCGUGACGGAUGGACAAGUCAAGGUUCCUACCACCGCCGCACAGCGCAAGGGCAUUCAGCCUGUUGUAGAGUUGACCUCGGGCGGAAGGACUUCUGUCACGGUCAAGGCUGGACGGUCAGUCUCUUUCAAGGCACAUGUUGAAGUUCCUUCCGGCACUGGAUCUGUUACCGCUGUUGACUGGGACUUUGAGGGAACCGGAAUAUUCGUCAAGAAGGACUUUGGGAAGGCCAAGGGUGUCAUGGACGUCACAGUAUCGCAGACCUACAGGAAGAAGGGGACCUACUACGUCGCGGUGCGUGUGGCUUCUAACCGCAAGGGGGAUGCCAAGACUCCUUAUGCUCAGGUUCAGAACCUCGGCCGCAUGAAGGUUGUUGUCAACUAG